AUGCACCAGCUCUUCUGGCUCAUCAUCGCAUUCUCAGCUCUAUGGAGUGGAGUGAGCGGAGAUAGCGAUACGACGUUGACAACAUUGGAGGUAACCAAAGUAACCAAACCGAUGGAAAGUACCAAAGAGACCGAAGUGACAGAAGGCAUUACAGGAAAGCCACUUCCAAAACACUUUAGAUGGAGUCGUAUUGGUUCUCGAUCCAUCCAACUUGGCUGGGAUGACCACACAAUUAACGGAGCCACCUUGCACUUUAUUUACCUCAUCGUCCAAAAGAUAGGUGCCACGACUCCCCAUUUCAGUGAGCAGGUAGAAUUCACCGACGGAUCGGUUACUGUUGACGGGUUGCAACCCGACACGGUGUACAUAGUAAGACUGUCUGCAUUCGCCGGUACGGAAGAACAUUUGGACAUUAUCAGCACCAUCAAGACUCUGAAGGAUGGAGAGGAGGAUAUAACAAAUGGAAGCAAAUCGUCCCUCACUUAUUCAUCCGCUGUCAACUUUGUCACCACCGCAGCCUUGCUUAUAUGCAUGCCAGUGGUGCUUGCUUAG